CUUGAGACUCAUCCAUCUAAAUUACCGUUAAUCGAGACAUUUUUUCCCUCCAAAAGAAACAAAGCGUCUUUGAUUUUCAUUUCGAUGGCACAUAUAGUGACCCGACUCUUGGACUUAUGAGGAGACUGAAGCUGUAAUUUAGCCAUGGCGUUUCCUCAAGGAUACUUGUACCAGUCUUCACUCUCUCUCUACUCGUGUCCGCCGUACGGCUCCGGCGCGGUAACGGGACCGCGGACAAAUGAUCUGGGACGGUCGUCCAGCGGCUCUGCUUUCGCCCCGUACGCGUCCACAGCUUUCACAAACACUUCAGCCUUCAGCUGUCUCCAGUACAGCUCUGAAUCCACUGCACCCUUCACUUCAAAUGUGGGCUCCUCAUACGACCAUUCUCCAGGCAUGACUUGCUCUAUAGGCUAUCACCCGUACGCCGGUCCUCUGGGCCCAUACCCGUUUGGGGACCCCGCUUACCGGAAGAACGCCACUCGAGAUGCCACCGCGACCCUGAAGGCCUGGCUCAGUGAACACCGGAAGAACCCUUAUCCCACCAAAGGAGAGAAAAUCAUGCUCGCCAUCAUCACUAAAAUGACUCUAACUCAGGUGUCCACCUGGUUCGCCAACGCUCGGAGGAGACUGAAAAAGGAGAAUAAAAUGACCUGGACGCCACGGAACAGGAGUGAAGAUGAGGAUGAGGAGGAUAGCAUUGAUUUGGAGAAAAAUGAUGACGACGAUGAGCCGCUAAAGAGAGUCGAAUCAACAGAGACGAGCAAAGAUUCAGUUGGCGAUGACUGCUCAGAAAAGCACGACGACGCGACGGAUCGUGUUAUAAUCGACUGUGAAGAACAAGAGAACCGGACAGAUUCUCCGGUGCCCACGACCUCCUCUCCCCGAAAACAGAUCAGCGACAGCCCGAAGCCCCUCAGUGAAAACUGCAAAGACGCAUCUGUCAUUCAUUCCGCAAACCCGACCCCCAAACCCAAACUGUGGUCCCUUGCUGAAAUCGCUACGUCGGACAAGGGGUGUGACGAACCGUCCCAAACAUUUGGGGCGUUAUCUCCCCCUCGGUCACCUGCGCAAUGCCGAUUUCCCCCCAGACAUUUCUACUACGCGUCUCCUUUCUAUCCGGCUUUCACGAACUAUGGCUCUUACGGACACCUGAACGGCGCCAGUCACGGAAACUCAACGCAACUGAACGGAAUAAAUACUGCCGUGUUACAACGAGCGAGAGACGGCAAAGUGACUCUGGAUUUGUGUAAAGAACUCAGCUUUGAGAACAAGAGGGCGAAUAUUUAGCCAAAGCCGUUUUUAAUUCUAAAGACUUUUCAGUGUGCAGUCUAAAGCGAUCUGUAUGAACUGAACACGAAAUAACAGAAGACUUUUUCUAUGGAUAUGUUUUAUGCGAGAAAUGCCUUUUCUUUACAUAUAUAUCAUUUAAUGUUCAAUAUUUGUGCGAGAGGCCAAAGUAGCCUACUAUUUAAAACAGUUUUGGAAUUGAAUGAUCUUUUUAACGGCUCUUCUCAAGAGUCUUACACAUUUAAAUGAUCAUCUGUGCCAUUUUGCAAACUCCACUUGAUCUGUCAUCUGAUAUGGAACCAAAAUAAUUGUGUCAAGCAAAUUUAAUACGUAUUCUACACUGCUAUAUGGUCAGUGGUUCUCAACCUUUUGGGCUCUAACGCCCCCCAUUGUCCAUAUAUAUAUAUUUAUUUUUUUUUUUUCUUUUUUUUUUUUCUUCUUUUUCUUGAGGCCCUAAUGGUACCUAAAAUGCACUUUGUGGAAACGUCUAAAUUUAAGGAAUAUUUCGGGUUCAAUACAAGUUAAGUUCAAUUGACUGCAUUUGUGGCAUAAUAUUGAUUACCACAAAAAUUAUUUCAACUCAUCCGUAUUUUUCUUAAAAAAAAAAGAAAAGAAAAGCAAAAAUCGAGGUUACAGUGAGGCACUUACAAUGGAAGUGAAUGUGGUCAAUUGUUGGAAUAUUUAAACACAGAAAUGUGAAGCCUAUAAAUUUAUGAAAGCAUUUCCAUUAAUUCUUCUGUUAAAACUCAUGUAUUAUUUGAGCUGUAGAGCUGUUUAUAUCGUCAUUUUUAUAGUCGUUUUAGGGUUGUUGACUUCACAUCGUCAUGGAAACGAAGUUGUAAAAUUGGAUAUAACUUUACACAGAAAAGGUCAGUAAAUAAUUUAUCACACUAAAGUCAUGUUAACGUGCAUAUUAUACAUAUCUUGAGGUUCUACUUUUGAAACAGUGAGUAUUUAUUGGCCCCCAUUCACUUCCAUUGUAAGUGCUUCACUGAAACCAAGAUUUUAGCUUUUUUUAAACAAAAGGAGGGGCAAAUCAAAAUGUAUUUUUGUGGUAAUCAACGUUAUGCCACAAAUGCUGUCGACUGAACUUAACUUGUAUUAAACCCGGAAUAUUCCUUUAACUGGUUUUAUUCAAGUCAAAAAUCUUGUUAAAGGAUACAACAUUUUCAGUUCUUCUUAAACUUUGAGCUAUACAUAUAUCACGCCAAACAAUUACACUAUGAAAUUACAGUAGGUAUAUGAGAGCUAUUUUGACCUGACAGGGAAUAUUAAACAGUGUAACGUCAAAAGCAUCUGGUCCAGUCUCAUGAAAUUCUCUCUCAGGCUUUCUUUGGUUCAGCAACAGCUCUGAACGCAUCAGUCAUGAAAGUGCAGUAGCAGUUUUUGUAGCUGAUUUAUUCUUUACAUUUAUUUUCUCCUCACAAGGAUUAUUCUAUCAUCUAUUCUAAACAGAAUGCUGUGCCUUCUUGAUUUGCUCACAACUGUGCUACACCUACAUAGACUCAAAGAACACACUCAAUAACUGUAAUAGUCUCCUCCCGGGCAUAAUACAGUGGAUAAAUUGUACAUUUAAAUAGCACAAGUCAACAUUUAUUGCAGGGGGAUUAUGGGACAGUACUCUUAAGUGGAGGAGAUAUUAAAUUUAUGCUCCAUAAAGCAUCUUUCUCAUGAAAUGUGUGUUGCUUUUUUACUGCGAUGCGAGAACAGCGAGGGGCUAAAAAUGUUCAAAGACCAUUUUAAAAGGGAUUAAACGUGUAAAUUUGAAAAUUUAGUAAACUCUUUGCAAGAAAGACAGGAUUACCAGCGAUUCCCUAUUUCUGCUCGAAUGGCAGAGUCCAACAUCAACAAAUAUCAGAGAGGCGACUCAGGCCCCGAGGCUUACAGACGUUUUUGAACACAAAACCAUGAAAAUAGGUUGCAAGGACUUGAAAAGCUCUCUAAUCCCUCUGGUAAAUUCAAAGUUUGAGUAUAUAUUUAUAUGUGGAGCAAUGCUAUUUCACGAUUCAGUGAAUUCAAAGCUUUGAAAAGCUAAGAAGCACCAUCGAAACUAUACAAACUAUCCAAUCAUUUUGUGUCCACUUGUACCAAUGUCCCAUUCAACAGGGCUAUUUUAUGUUGUACUCCUUUACAAGGGGGGUGUAGGAGAGCUAUGGAUGAGUUUUCUUUUUCUGAACACAAAAUGUCACUAGUAAUUGCUGUAAAAUUGGGUUGUGAUUGCAUAGCAGAUCAAUUUAUAUUAAUUUAAAUAUGGAACAAUUAAACUUUGUUACUUCAA